AUGGAGACACUCACCAAUGCAGAUGGGAUAUUUAAAGUCCAAGGAAAUGAUUCGGAAAUUGGAUGGAUAAAUCCCAAGGUCAACAUCUUGCAUAAUUGCAAUGAUGAUACAAAGGAAUGUUGGAGAAAAGUGGUGAUUUAUGUACCUAAAGCUUUCAUUUCGGAAAGUGCAACACCGGAAAAGAUUUUUGACAUUGGUACGCUAAAUUUGGACGCAGAGUUGCCGGGUGAGGCCAGAGAUUGUUUGAAU